AUGAUAGCUCAGGGCGAGAAUUUGCUAGAAAAGAUGCCGCCGAAAAAGGCAGCUGGAAAGAAGAAUAAGGACGACAACUGGGACGACGAGGCUGCUGAACGAAAAUUAGCGUCAUUGGCCGCCAAGAAAGACGAAGAUGAAGUGAAAUGGGAUGAAGAAAGCGACGAUGACAUACCUAUAGUUGCGAAACCACCUGCAGGCAAAAAAGCAGCUUUUGCGAUGCUG